AUGGCUUAUUCACCUUAUGUUUUAGUGAUUUUAUGUUCAUUAGUUUUGAGUGGAUUAUGCGAGUCAUCACUCUCUAAUCAACAAGGAGUGAGGUUUAUCGAGACCAAAAACGGUGUUUAUGAUUGCGUGGAUUUUUACAAACAACCUACAUUUCUUCAAUAUCCCUUGCUAAAGAAUUUCACAUCUAAGGUUGCUGUAGUUCAUACAACUAAUUUGGGCAUGAAAUUUUAUGGUGUCAAUGGUUCACCGAGUCUUUAUAAACCUGCUGCGCAAGAUACUCAAUGGUCUUCUACUCGAAUUAAACUUCUAAAUGGUCCUGAUAGCAUUGAAGCCGGAUGGAUGGUAAAUCCUGGUGUAUUUAAGGAUAACGAAGCCCAUUUCUAUGCCAAAUUCACGGCUGGAGGAAAAGAAUGUAUUAAUCUUCAAUGCCCAGGUUUUGUGCAAGUAGCUAAAGACGCACCUUUGGGUUCUGUUCCAAAGAUAUAUUCUGUGAUUGGAGGAGUACAAAAGCUUUGGAAUAUAUCCAUAGACAAGCAUCAAGAUGAUGGGAACUGGUGGUUAUCAAUUAAUAAUGACAAAAAUUUGGUUGGAUAUUGGCCUAAAGAAUUAUUUACCACAUUGACGGAAUCUGCUAAUCAAGUUGAAUGGGGUGGUGAAAUUGGAAAUCCAGGAUUACUAGAUCCUCCAACAGAAAUGGGAAAUGGGAUGAAAGCAAGCUACGACACUAGUAAUUCAGCAUGUAUUGUACAUGCAACAGUGGUGGACGAAAGUUUUAAGAAUGUUAAUCCUCAAGAGACACUAAAAGUUUGGGAUUGUGAAAGUUUAUACACAGUUUUAGAUGAUGGAUAUCAAAGUGAGUAUUUAGGGCGACUUAUUUUCUAUGGUGGGAGUUUAUAA